GGUUGUUUGUGUGGUAAUUGAGGAGUUGGGGGAGGAGGAGGGAGCACAAACAAAAAAAAAUUGUCCCCUUGGAGGAAUCACCUGACUUGCCGAGCCCUGAGCGCCUCCAUGGCGGCGUGAGAAGCAUCAUGGGCGAUGCCUGCUCCUGUGGGGGGAAGCAGCUGAGGAAAAAGUUGGUGAAGGGGAAGAGUGCUGCAGGAAUAUCCGCCAUUUCGACACUGUGAUAGACUUCCAAGAGCAGGGAGGGAGGGAGGGGGCAGACCCAGUUCACUGUGUGUGUGUUUGAGAAGACAGAGAGGCGGGGUGAGGGACUGAGAGAGAAUGUAAAGGAGAAAAGAAGAAGAAGAAAAAAAGAAAAUCCUCCUGCUUUAAUCCACACACUCUCCCCAUCUGUCCUAUGAUUCCAGAAGAAAACAAGAUGUCUGCUGACCAUUAAUUUAAAAUUCCCCUGGAAUUACAAAUCUGACUCCUCACUCCUUGUGGAAAGAAAAGCAUGAAAUUCGCCAUAACGAGAAGACGAUGAUUGAUGAUUAGACGUCAUAGAGACAGUCACAGAUUGAGAGUAAAGAUGCUGCCUGAUCUGCUGAGUUCACCAGCACUUUGUCUGGCUGUGAGUUGCUGAAGAUUUCCAGCAGAAUCUCUUGUAUUUAUGUUGGUCUGAAGAGUUGGGUUAAACAAAACUUGAAAUUUGCCAACAUGAGGGAAUUUGAUGAAGAUGAUGAAGGUAUUAUUAGGACCACAUCGUAAUACUGGGGACCACGGAAACAUGGGGUUUGAAGCUGGUGUUGCAAAAGGUGCCUGUCUGUAACUCCGCACCCUUCAGCUUGCCAGAAGACCUCUAGUGGUACUGUACUUGAGAGUAGGUACAACUACUAACAUGCUGUUGACCGUAUCAGGAUGAUUGGAUGCUUAUGAUGGCAAAAAAACAGGAUGCUCGGAUCCCAAGUUACAACAUCAGUGUGGUGGGAUUGUCUGGGACGGAGAAGGAUAAAGGCCAAUGUGGUGUUGGCAAGUCUUGCUUCUGCAAUCGAUUUGUACGCCCUAAAGCUGAUCAUUUUCAUCUUGACCACACAUCGGUCCUCAGCACCAGUGACUUUGGGGGCCGAGUUGUUAACAAUGACCAUUUUUUGUACUGGGGUGAGGUAGCUAGAGCGGUGGAGGAAGGAGUGGAAUGUCGAAUUCACGUGGUGGAACAGACAGAGUUCAUUGACGAUCAGACGUUUCAGCCUCACCGGAGCACUGCUCUGCAACCUUACAUUAAACGUGCAGCAGCAACCAAAUUGGCAUCUGCUGAAAAGUUGAUGUAUAUUUGCACUGACCAGUUGGGUCUGGAACAAGACUUUGAACAGAAGCAGAUGCCAGAAGGGAAGCUCUUAAUUGAUGGCUUCCUCCUCUGCAUAGAUGUCAGCCGGGGUAUGAACAGAAAUUUUGAGGACCAGCUUAGAUUUAUCACGAACUUGUAUAACCAAAUAAUAAAAACAAAGAAACCUAUCGUGGUGGUGCUGACAAAAUGCGACGAAGGGGUGGAGCGAUACAUCCGUGAAGCUCACUCCUUUGCCAUGACUAAAAAGAACCUCCAGGUGGUGGAGACGUCAGCACGAUCAAAUGUCAAUGUGGAAUUGGCCUUCAGUACUUUGGUGCAGUUGAUAGACAAAAGUCGGUCAAGGCCUAAAAUAAUUCCAUACUAUGAAGCAUUAAAACAACAAAGUCAACUAAUAGCUAAUGCAAAAGACAAAUAUGACUUCAUCAUUAGCCAGUGUGUCGUCCAUUAUAAUGAAAGUUGGACAAAUGCCACUAGGAAAAUGCAUAUGAAAUCUGAAUUCCUGGACUAUGUGCAUCUCGAAGGAACCCCAAAGGCCAAAAAACUGUUCUUGCAGCACAUUUUAAUGCUCAAAGAGAGGCACAUUGAUCACUUAAAGAACAAGUACCUCAAUAAACUUGUGCUAGCGCUUGAUGCCCUUUUCCCCGAUCUGAAUGAGAUUGAGAACUUGAACUGGACCAUGGCACAGCAGAGGUUAAAGACCAAGCAGGACUUUGCAGCCUGGUUUGUUGUGCUGAGUGAAACACCCUGGGAUAAAACUGAUCAUAUUGAUAAAAUGGAUGACACCCGGAUUCCAUUUGACUUGUUGGCCGGGAAAUGUGCUGAAGAUCAAUUCAGAAAGCAUUUAGAAAAGCUGAAGAAUGAAAGAACAAGAGAUGAAAUGAGGAGGGCCUUUAAGGAAAAUCUGUCAUCGUCGCCCUUCAUAACCCCUGGAAAACCAUGGGAAGAGGCUAGAAGUUUUGUUAUGAAUGAGGAAUUCUAUCAGUGGCUCCAAGAGCAGGAAUACCAAGAUAUUUACAGUAGACAUCAACGCGAGAUUAUAGAUAAAGCCAAGGAUCAAUUUCAAGAACUGCUUUUAGAAUAUUCAGAGUUAUUUUAUGAAUUGGAGUUGGAUGCCAAACCUAGCAAGGAGAAAAUGGGUCUCAUCCAGGAUGUUUUAGGAGAUGAGCAACGAUUUAAGGCACUUCAGAAACUGCAAGCUGAACGAGAUGCUCUUGUGUUAAAACAUAUUCAUUUUGUAUAUCAUCCAACCAAGGAGACAUGUCCAAACAGUCAGAACUGUAUUGAUAGCAAAGUUGAGCAGUUGUUGGCUGCAAAAUUUUAUCGAUCUUCAGAUCGAAGCCAUCUGAACUCUCAUUCGGACUCUAAUGCCGACAAGCUCAACCUUGUACUGCUUGGCAAGGAUGGACUUGCACAUGAACUGGCUAAUGAAAUUCGAGUGCUGUGUACGGAUGAUAAGUACGUUCUUGAGGGGAAAAUGUAUGAGCUGUCAUUGCGACCAAUAGAAGGUAAUGUGAAACAUCGGGUUAAUUCCUUUCAGACACCAACCUUUCAGCCUCACGGUUGCCUUUGCCUGUACAACUCCAAAGAAUCUCUGUAUUACAUAAAAGAGAGCUUAGAGAAACUGAAAGGAUCAACUUUGGAUCGAAAGGACAAUCAUUUAGCGCAGCUGCCUCUAACACUAGUUCUGGCUUACAAAAGGGAGAGUGGUGGAGAAACACUACAGACGUUGAGGAACCAUGGCCAACAACUUGCCAACAAACUGCAAUGCCUUUUUGUUGAUGUAACUUCUCACAGUGUGGGUUCUGGACGAAAUUUCAGUGAACUACAAAUCAAUCAGGCCCUAAAAGGCUUGUUAGACACUAUGAAACGUAAUUUGAAUCUCGUAAGCUCUUCCCCAAGCAUUAAAGACUUAACUGAUGCAGAUCUCCGAAUAGUCAUGUGUUUGAUGUGUGGUGACCUUUUUGGUGUGGAUGAAGUUCUCUUGUCCAUUAUUCAACCUCAUUUUUGUAGUUCAUCGCAACCUGGGAACAGUAAUUCAGUCAUGCUUGAGUUACCAAUUGGAACAGCACGUAAGCGUGUCGAGCUAUCUAUUCUCUCCUAUCAUUCCUCUUUCAACAUAAGAAAAAACCAAUUAGUCCAUGGGUACAUUAUUUUUUACUUAGCAAGACGCAAAGCUUCCUUGGCCAUGCUCAGAGCUUUUUUGUCAGACGUGCAGGAUAUUAUUCCUAUUCAGUUAGUAGCAGUCACUGACGGGGCUGAAGGAUUGGAGGGCGAUGUGUCGCGGGACCAGGUUGAAGAAGGCCAAGAAAUUGCUCAAGAGAUCUGUGGAAAAUUCGCCAAAAUAACUGGUGGGUAUUCCUUUCAGCACAAUGUGGAGAUCUUUGCCCCAUUCUUCAGAGAUGCAGCUGAAAAGAAAACCAUUGUUGAAGCUUCACACAUGUAUGAUAACGCGGCCGAGGCAUGCAGUAAUACGGAAGAAGUGUUUGGCUUUUCUCCAAGGCCCAGCUCACCCCUCAACAAUUCAAAUUGCUUUGAUUAUGAUGAGGAUAUUGAAGGUCCACCACCUUAUGCUGCACGGGAUGAGACUUCCGGGACUCUGGUGAUCAAAGAGCAGUCCAAGCUCUCUAUGGACCUUGAGGGGAAUGAAAACUACUUGCUGAGCAGCACUCUUAGUUCUUUUGAGAGGCUAAGUAACAAAGUACCUCCUCCAGUAAAACCAAAGCCGAUGGUACAUUUUGACAAACUGGUGAAGAAAAUGGAUCCCACUGAGGGGAAAGAACCAGGAAGCAAAGAAAUGCAGAGAAAGUCUUCAACUGUAAGCUGGGCGCCUUCUGACGAUGGGUCCUUCACCUCGGAUUAUGCAGAGCCAAUAGACACGUUGGUAAGACCGAGAGGGGAUGAAGAGAAUAUAUACUCGGUACCGCAUGACAGUACCCAGGGCAAAAUUAUAACCAUCAGGAAUUCUAUUUCUGCCAAGUCGCAGUCGAAUGGAAGCGGCAAUGGAUCAGAUAGUGAGAUGGAUAUUAGCUCCCUGGACCGUCAGAGGAAACUUUCAUCUGUCAGCAAACCAUCGUUGUACAGAGAUCGGUCCAAGAAAUUAGGCAAGUUUGCAAGUUAUCGCACAAGCUUCAGUGUUGGGAGUGAUGAUGAACUGGGGUCCUUGUCACAGAAGAAAGCGGAAGCUGAUUCAUCAUUGACCAAGGGAGAAAAUUCAGCCAGUACUUACGAAACAGAUGGAGAUGAGUCAAAGCGAGGGAAGCUCCUUCGUAGCUUGAGAAGGCCAGCGUCAAAGAAGCCGAAGACCAAACCAAGACCUUCCAUUUCUAAGAGCACUUGGGAAAGCAAUUACUUUGGAGUGCCUCUGACAUCUGUGGUGACAGUGGAGAAACCUAUUCCUGUCUUCAUUGAAAAAUGCAUAGAUUUUAUUGAUUCUACAGGUCUGGGUACCGAGGGACUUUACCGCGUGAGUGGGAACAAAUCAGAGAUGGAAAGUCUCCAGCGACAGUUUGAUCAAGAUCACAACAUUGUUCUGCAGGAAAAGGAUUUUGCAGUGAAUACUAUAGCUGGAGCAAUGAAGAGCUUCUUCUCAGAGCUGCCAGAGCCACUGGUUCCAUAUAAUGCCCAGGUUGAACUGGUGGACGUCAGCAAAACAUCUGAUAAAGAGCUUCGGCUGAAUGCACUUAAGGAUGUGUUAAAGAAGUUUCCAAAAGAGAAUUAUGAGGUCUUCAAAUAUGUCAUCACCCACUUGAACAAAGUCAGUCAGAACUCGAAGUUGAAUCUGAUGAACAGUGAGAACCUGUCCAUUUGUUUCUGGCCCACACUUAUGAGGCCUGACUUCCAGACCAUGGACGCGUUGACGGCCACCAGGACAUACCAGACUAUCAUCGAGCUCUUCAUUCAGCAGUGCCCUUUCUUCUUUUACGACAAGCCGAUCGAGGAACUGAUAAAUACCAUCCCCAGCUCCCCCACGUCGAACACUGCCUUUCAGUGCCCUUCGCCGGUAGCAAUGAUCCCCUCUCCACCACAGUCUCCGCCGCCAACACCUUAGAGGCCACUCGAGGAACAUCAGCUGCGAACGGAACAGCCAAGUAAACUGUGAAUUUGGUUUUAAGAUACCAGAUACAGUAGCUGGGUUCUUUUCAAGACUGCCUUGGGUUAUAGAACCCCCUUCCUGUUGUGCAGACCAGCAUAAAGAAACGUACAAGUGAUGUGCCACUAAGGAGAUUCGAUUAAGUACCCGAGCACUGGAGUUUGUUUUAAAAAAAAAACCUUUUAGACUGCAAAAGAAGCAGCCCGUGUCUUCACUGUGGGCUCUGUAAGACAUUCAAAUAGCACAGGUUUCGCAGCAGAAUGGUUUCUCAAAAUGCACAACAUUUAAAUGGUUAAUUAUACAGACAAACUCUACCAAUUAAUUUAUACCUUGCUCCCUUCUAAGCCAUUGUAGAAACUUGCUUUUUUUUUUGGUUAUUUUUCAAUAGCGCCAAUUCAUGCUUAGAGAAUUGUUUUCGCUGUCAUGUGCUGCUAUUUUAACCUUUCUUAGUGAAGAAGCAAAUGUCAGGCGGACUAUGUGGACUCACAACAGAUGCGCACGAUGCCCAAUGGUCAGAGCGUCGCGUCGCACCAACGUUCGCAAAUGGCAGGGUGUGAGUACGAAGAGUUACCCCGGGUGGAAUGAGCAGGCCCAGCAUGUAAAUGGUCACCUGUACGGGUGAUACAUUGGGGAGCCAUUCUAACCUUGGGGGAUUUGAUUUUUUUUGUUUCUAAGGAAUACACACCUAAUGAAUUUGUACUGAUCAAAACUGUGUGUCCUAAGGUUCUGUAGAGCUUGUAGUAAAGAGGUUUGUCUGCAUAACAAUGACGUGAAAGCAGCUGCAUGAAAGUGCUUUGUGCAAGGCAAAAUUUAAUGCUGGUUUUCCCCAAUAUGGAUGUUGCUGCUUCUUUGUUGGACUUAGUCUCAUUCUCACUAGCUUCAUCUGUUCUGGUUAGCUCAUUCCCAAUUCAUUUCUCCUCGCAACCCAAACAAGCCACUCCAGUUUUGUUUGCCAUGGGUCAUUCUUCGGAUUAGUGGUGGGGGUGGGUGUUGGGGGGGGGGUUACCACUACUUCUCUUUCCUUCCCAUAGCCAGUAGUGAGCUCCGAGUGGCCUGCUGGUCCUGAUAUGUACACGGUGCCAAAUUGGAGUCUCUCUCACACACGAGGAAAUCUCACAGCUAACCAAACCUGUAAGUCAGAUCUGUUUUCACCCUUUAGAGAACUGAAACCUUGGGUUCGAAGAGUUGCAGAGGUCAUCAUCUCCCCUCUCUCCCCGCACCUCCACCGGCCAUAAAUAAUUGUCGUCUCAGCCAAUGCCACACAUCUGUUCAGGCAGUAGUUAAGGUGGUUUACGAUGUGGCUUCCGCUCAGUUUGAAUUCUUCAAGUAUUUAAAAUGCUUGUGUGGCAUGUCAGCACGUGCACGGUCUGUUAAGGUUUCAUAGCCAUCUUAGGGUGGGGCAUUUAUAUUAUCUGCAGAGUGUCUAAACUCUUUGAGGAGAGAAUGGGCUCACAGUGACUCAAUGGGGAAAAUAUUUUGACCCUGCUGCCCCAUCUUCCAUACUUGAAUAUCCUUGCUGGGAUCGUGCUUCAAGAAUGACUUAAUUUGAUGUGAUACUAGGGUGGGGGGAGGGAGGGUUAGGGGAGGGGGAUCACUACCCAUUGAAUCAUACCUCAGCACCACUCAGUGCCUAAGAGAGUGGGGGAAAGGUGUUGGCAACGAGAAAGAGAUUCAUUCAACACUAAUAAAUAUUUCACGUUUCAUACCUGAAACAUUCUUGGACUUGAAUCGGUUAAAAGCCUAGUUUGAAGACAGCAUAAGGGAUCCUCUUUUUUUUGAAAAGAAAAAACACUAAAAUUUUAAUUCCACUGAAUAUGAGAAUCUUCACUACACAUGACACUACACAUGACACUACAUAUACAGAAGAAUUCACCGUUCAGUGAGCUUAUUGGCAGUAGCUAUGAAGUAUGCUGUUGAUCAUGAGCAGCAUAACUUUCUGGUGAUUUGUUCUUGGAGCUGUCAGCACCUGCCUCGAGCUUGCAGCAAAUUUGCUCUUUAGGGUCAGGGGGCAAAUCCAUCAUUACCUGGCUGACUGUUUUCCCUCAUAGGGCUGUGCCAGCGUAUCUAUUUCACAACACUUGGUCAUUCUAAGUAUCAAACUCUGCCAGUUUGGGUACGGUACGUAUAAUUGCGGUCACUCUGAUAACAGCGCUGAAAUGUAAUGUGUUUGUGUGCGUCUCCUUUUGUACAAAAUCAAUGUUGUGUGUAUUGACUGGGCACAAUGUGAAAUGGAUUACCCAGUGAUCAAAUGCUUCUGUAUGAGAUGAUCUAUCAUUCAAUUCUGAUUUUUUUUUUUGGUGAAUGUAUAUCUGAAAUGAGAUCUAUGUCAAAAAACCUUUUGCAAUGUGUUGCCACAGUCCUUGUUUCCCAGUUAUGAUUGUUGGGGGAGGUUGAGAUGUAUCAUUGCUCGCUGAUUGAAUAAUGAUUCCAAAUUUUCCAAGCUAAUGCUUCUAGAGAGAGAAAAAAAAUUAAAUUGUCCUCCAAUACACUUUAAAUUUGGGGAGUAGUAAAUAUUUUGGACAGCAUUGUUUGAAUUCUACCUACUGACAUUGUGAACUGGACUGACAAGUGUAUCAGGCUUGCAUUAAGAAUGGAUCAGUGCCUCUUUAUUUUUUGUGCAGCAGAAAUACCAGUUGACAUUAUUUUAACUUAGCAAUGAAGUCUUACCAAAUGUUCAUCAAAGCCAGUUGUACUGGUAAGAGGAUCAUCCUGCCCAACUCGUCCGUUACUGAAUGUGAUCACUCUACCUGCUUCAGUUUAAUGCAAACCCUAGUCUGGCAUUCAUUAAAACAAAAUCUAUCAGUGCAGGCAUGUCAAAAAACCAAAUGGUUCACAACACUGGAUGUCAUCAGCGAGAACAAAAUCAGCUGACCUACCAAGUGGAUAGAAAAGUGAAUUCUGAAAUGAAUUGCUGUAUCUGCUCGUCAUGGUUGGAUGUUAAGUAAUUGGCUGUACGCACUGUGGCAUUUUCCUUCCCCUUCCCUCUCCCUCCCCGCCGUGCCAGGUGCCUGCUUAAGAAAACUUGCCUGACUAUAAGAGGGCUUCCUAAUCUUCAGUCCCUAUUCCUGAGUUUGGAUCGGAGAAAGGUGUGGGCAUCUGUUCACUUUUCAUCAACUAGAAGUAAAUACAUAGUUGUAAUGUGAAAACUUCAGUGAAAAACUUUUGAAAUAUAUUUAGGUAAAUUGCUGCAGAUUGACAAAACUGCCAGGGGGUGCAUUGUUAGUUGUAUUUUGGCAUUAUCUUCUCCCCCUCACCUUGCCACCCCAAUAAAUCUUGUAAAACAGUAUGCGAACAAAUUUAGUUUAUGGUUUCCACAUAUCUAUUGCGGUACUCCACGAAAAAACAAUUAAAUCAGGCACAACAGAACUAAAGAUUAAUUGUAUCUGGUUUUAUGGGCCAGCUGCUUUAAUUUGGAAGCAAUUUUAGACACAGUCGUAAGGGUUGGUGCAAUUUAUUCAACCAUCAAUCUUGUUUUGAUAUUUUACAAAUCCAUCUUCAGAUGGGAAAUGGUUGCCUGUUUUUUAAAAAUUAUUCUGAACAUGUCUUCACUUUGCUGUUUCCAAAAUGAUUCAUUGUGAGGGAGAGAAAAGUUUGUUGGAGACUGGUUUUCUUUGAGUUUCAUCAUAAUCCCUUCCAGAGGAGAGCUGCUGACUAUCAAUAUGUUUCACCCAGUUACCAUGACUGUGUAAGAGCUCAGUGUGUUGCUUGACCAUUUAAACCAGUUAAAAUUAAUUUGUGUUGUAUAGGUAUGAAGGAAUCGCCAGUCAUUCCAACACUGUAUUAAAAGAUCUGAUUAGCAUAUCUAUUCUCUCUCCCAAGUUAGUCACCUUGAUGAAAUUUGCCCCUUCCAUGGGUUAGCAAAGAUUCAUGUGAUCUGAAUUCAUGGAAUAGCAGAAAAAACCUGAUUUCACCAUACAAUGCAUAUCCAGAUUUUUAAUCUGAAAACAUAUUUGGCUAAACUGAAAGUAGGCAGAGGUUUACAGAGAUUUGAAGAAUGAGAGAUGCAGUGUCUGUGCAAUCCAUAUCAAUAUUGCACCCUAUUACACAUGGGGUCUAGUUUGCACAAUCUACAGUGUUUUGAGGAGGUAGAAGUUGAAAUUGGAUUGCUACACCUGUAAAAUUCUUAAAGCUAUCACCUUGUGCAAGUACUGAUUAUCAUUAUCAAAGUGAUUAUUUUUCUGAGGUAAUUGUAGACAAUAAAUCAUAUUCUAGCUUUUCUAAACGUUUUGUAGUUUGGGGGGAUUUUUGCACAAUUUCCUCUUGGGACAAUUUGCACUUUAAGCUUAGUUUGUUGUGGUAUCAACCCCUUUCAAAGCUGAUCUUAAAUAAUGUCGAAAUGGGAUCAAUUGCUGAACCUGUUCAGAAUUCCCUCUCGAUGACAAAAUUGACCUUUUAGUGCCCAGGUGCUUAUAUAUUCUUUGCUUUUUGGUUCAUCCAAGGCAUUUUAACCAUUUUCAGUGACUUGAUAGCAAGGAAGAAAUGUGUGUAGAUGAAUUUCGGAGUCUUAUGGGGUAGCUCCAAGGCAAAGCAUUACCUGUCUUUAAUUAAAAAAUCAGGAAAGAAAUUUUGUUGAUUGGCAAAUACCAUUUUGGGGCUUGGAGGAAAGGCAAACUUAACCUGAUUAUUUGUGCUGAAAGGUACAAGUUUGCCUUUUCUGGUGUUCUCUGCAAAUGUGAAGGUUAUCUUCACAAGUUGCACUAGCAUGUCCAGUUGUUAGAAUACGAAGCAUUGCCAGUGAACCUUUAAAGACAGGCAGACAUCUUCCCCUCCAGGUUAAGCUCUUUCCCUGAGUCUGUGAUUAUCAGGCGUGAGGUAUCAGUGAUCAAACUAUCCCGCAUCUUCUGCAGAUAAAUUCUACAGGCUGUUCCAAUGUUGGUCACAUUUUUGCCUUUUGCUUGACAAGUUCUGUUACACUGUCUCCAUACUUUCUAAUGUGUGCUUGGCAAGGCAGUGAAUAGGUAAAUGCUCAGUAUGUAAUAGAUUUUGUCAUGCCAGUUUAAAGAAAUGGGAGUAUGACUUUAAGAAGCUUGUAGUCAGUGAGGUUUCAGCACAAUAUCUGCUGAGCAUGAGCCUGCUGUUAGGCUGACUUUAAUUCAUCACUGCAUAGAUACCCUCAUGGGCCAGGUCAGAAAGACUGCUGGAGGAUGGCAUAGAAAGUAUCGGAUGCGUAGUGGGAGGUUGCAAAUUUUUUUGGGGAGGAGGGGUGUAGAGCAGUGUCUAAGUACCUUGAGGCUGAUUUGGGAAUGCAGAACAGUACCUGAAAUAGGGAAAUUGUACUGCCUCAUGCAAGUUGUGGUGUUGUAUAAGUUUCUACAUGCAUUAUGAUUAUUUGCUUUUUUUAAAAAAAAACUUGCCCUGGGUACAUGUCACUUGUCCAGGUUAACACAGCUGUUCAGACUCUCAGUCAUGAGUGAGGCACAUUGGAGAAUCAACACUAGAUUUCCUCGAUCCUUCUGCCAACUGAUUAUCGUUGCAAUAGGUUGGUGUGGUUCAGCUUUGUUAUAUAGUCCAUCUCCCUGCAAGCCGGCAAGAGCUAGCACGAGAGUUUUUUUUCUUUUGUUGGCGGGGGGGUGGCUGGAGGAUUUAUUAAAGCUAGUUUGUUCUGAAAAAGCACACUGCUGCUGUUUACACGUGAGAGAUUUUGUCCAAAAACCCACUCUGCUCGGUGUUCAGUUGCUCUAUUUCAGAAAGUAAACAUGCGGAGUAUAGUUACAGCAGUGGUGUUUGGAAUAAGUGAAUAGUGAUUCUUUCUCCCCUCUUGCAGGUAAGGAAAGUAAUAUGCCAGUUAAAAAUCAGUGAUAUGUAAUCCUGGGUGGUAUAUAGUGACAACUUGGCUGGCGGGGUGACGCUCUUAGGAGCUGGACCCUGGCACCCUGGCAUAGGUCAGGACGAGGAAAAUUAUCUAACUAUUACGGACUGAUCAGAGAAUUUAAUUGGAAACUAAUACUGCACACAUUGUGCUGUGCUUCAGAAAAAGCAAGAAGUUUAAUAGCUGUCCUGAGAAAGGUCUAUCACACCCAACUGGUACAACAUCUUAGCAACAUGCAUCGAAUAACUAAAAUGAAUGUAAUUGAUUGGGGGGGGGGGGGAGGUGACAGCAGCUUCCAGAUCUUUAGUUAUGUCCUAAAAAUACACUUGUGUAUGUGCUGUGGAGCUAUAAUAUGGCAGAUGAUGUCACCAGGGACAUAAUGAGGUGUUUCACCCAGAGAAAAUAGAACAGCUGGGACGUUUAUGGAUUGCAAGCCAUCUUUAUAAUUAUAUUUCAGCUUGGCUGAAGGUAGAAAGCAUUUUGGUUGCAAAUAUACCUUCUCCCGCUUCAAACCAUAUCUGAUGCUCCUGUCGAAUGUGCUGUGACUUUUUUUCUUUGCGUCCAUAUUAACAUUGAGCUAACUCACUCCCUGAUUCAUUUUGUCAUCCAUUCGUCCCUCGUCCUCCCUGGCCUGUCCUCCCACCUCUCUUCCGUGGCGGUUCAAAUGUGAUCGAUAACUCGCCACCCAUCUGCAGUCUGUUAGAGUAUGCCAUUUAAAUUAUUUUUCUCUUAAUGUUGCACUGGUGACUCUGGGGAGCUAAAAACUGCAUGCAUUUCAGGAUAAUGAUGAGAAUUUGUUUAGUGGCACAUUGGUUUAUUCUGAUAUCUAAUGUAAAAAUUUUUCUCCAAUUGAUUGUGAUUUGUACAGCCGAAUCUCCCCGCUCUGUAAUUUGAUUGGAAUGAUCAGUAAUUGACUGUGUAAUCAGGUUCUGUAUUAAUUGCAGGACAUGGGUGGAGAACCUAGUUGGCUGGCAGUACCUGACUCCCAGGCCAAAAGUUGUUUUUGCAAUAUUUGUUUGGUAAAUCCAGCUGUGGGGAGACUACAAGCAAGUGGGGGGGGGGGUGAUGAUGAGUAUGCUGAAGUAUGCUGGAUCCCUCCCUCCCUCUAUUUUGAAGCAAGCACGAGCUCUAUUUUACACUACCUGUUGCACUUCCAGCAGAGUGCACUGUCUGAAGAGCAGUGAUUUGUGGAAUGCCCCAGUUUUCUUUCAUGCUGGUUUCCGUCCUCCUCUGCGGCCUUACUGCAGUACAGGGUUUGAUGGUGGGAGUGUGACAGUUGGAAAGAAGCUGCCAAGGCAUACUGUUACUCAGAACCUGGAUUGGGUGUGCUUUAGAUCACAAGGAUGCACAGUGUCUCCCACAGCCGGCUUGGCUUGGAAAUGCAAAUCCCUUAAGUUCCCUCGCUCCCAGAGCAGUGCGCAGUCUCACAAGGUCUCUCCUGACCUGCCAGCUCCUGCUUUUCUGCGUGGAACAUCUAGAUGUGAAUAGGCAGGACUGGGAAAGUGAUAAGAUACUUGCCUCCAAACCCCAUCGAAAUUGGUUAAUUUUAGUUAUAGUCAAAGAAUCAACUUGUACUUACCCAUUUUUUCCUUACUCAAACACUUGUGUAUUUUUCUUCUAGUUUCUAAACCACCUGCUGAGAAAUUCAGUUUUAAUAACUUAUAAUAGGCGUGGGCUUUGCUUUCGAGCUCAGAAAUGCAGUAUAUCUGCUAUUGUAGCCAAACAAGCUGCUUUCAUGACAAUAAAAAUUCUGCCAUCAUUUCCUCGCCAUACAAGUUAUCCCGGUUUCGUUUGUAAUGCUGCUGUGUAAUUUUUUUUUAACCUGCCUAAAUGUGUAACCUAUAAUCUGAAGUAAGAAGCUUGUAAUUGCUUUAAUUUCAAAAAAAAACAGAAUGUGUACAAUCAGUGCUGUGUAAGGCCUUCUCCCCAGAUUCACUUAAACUUCAGUGAGCUAUUGUUCGACACCUAGUACUGGAAAAUACAGGAGGUGGGAUCAGUGCUGUGUCCUAACUUUUUAUUCGGUACUCUACACCUGUAAAAUGUUUUCAAUAUGUUAAUUAACGCUUAUUUGAAUUAAAAAAUGAGUAUUGAAUAUAUAAUGUAAUAUUGGUCUGAGAGUUUGGGUAGCCAUUACUUUUUACAAAAUGGUAACUGUAUGUAAAGAAUGGUUGGUUGUAUUCUUAAGAGUCUAAAGGUUCAGAUCCUUUAGUCACUGGUGUUUAGAACUUUUUUUGUUGCAUUUAAUAAAGUAGUUCCCGUCGAUUCCGGAUCAAUUAUACUACAGAUUGCCAGUGUUUUAUUGACAGUAAAAUGGUGGUUCUGUCCGUUGAAUCCUGUGCCAGAGAAAUUUUAGUUCAUUUGUGGAAAUUGCAAUGUGCAGCUUUUUCCAAUACCCCUUGGUAUUCUCUCCACCUUUGGUUGCCUUGGAAGGUGUUUUUUGAUGGCUUCAACCCCACCACCACGAUACACAGCUUCAGGAAGGAAGCAGGCCAGAAUGGCGGAUGCAUGCCAACUUUGUGACUUUGUGCUUGGAGUUUCGCUGACUUUCGGGAGACCCGCACUUCCUGUUCGGAAAGCACUGACCACCGGCUGCCAGGCAAGAUCAGGGAUAUGAGAAUGCCUUUGUGAAAGGCUGACCUCAAAGCUCUCUCACUCCCUGGAAACCUGAUCAUUACAGGCAUGCACCCAUACACUUCUGCAUGCCAGUCACACUGUGAAAGGGGACUGGAAUUGGCCUGGUGGAUGUAACCAGUGCCUUGGGAUUUGGCUUGUACACCAUUUUGUAGGACUUGCAGGUGGACAAAUAAAGGUGGGUGGGUGGGGGCUUGCAACCAAAGUGUCUCUCUCCAUCCCUGGAGCAGUGGAAGUCACCUCCAUACAAAAUCAGUUUUAAAACUGUUUGCACGGUUGAUUUGGUCAAAUAUCUUUUUUUCCUUUCCGAUGAAGAUCUUGGCCAUAAUGAGCUAAAGUCAUUCCAGGGAAAAUGACACGAAUAUCUUUGAAACUAAUCCUUUUAAAAAGAGAAAAAAAAAGUCUGAAUGGUGGUCAGGACCAAUACAACUAGAGUGCAUGUGGUUAAGCUAAGAGGGUGAGGUAGUGACCUCCUGCGGAAAAUCAUGUAUUUGCUGAAGUAUUGUAAUUUGUUUUAAUGGGAAUGGUGUAAAAACUUUACAGCCUUAUGUGCUAUGUAUCAUAGUUAAUAAAUCAUUCUUUUAAAG